AUGGCAACGCGACAACCACAACAAAAUGCAUCAACACCAUGUGCACAAGCUGAAUCCUCUGCUGGCUUCUUAUAUUGGGAAGACCCGUCCGUGCAUCUGUGCAUCUGUGCAUCUGUGCCUGCCUGUGCCGUGCGUGCAUCUGUCUGUCUGUCUGUCUGUCUGUCUGUCUGUCUGUCUGUCUGUCUGUCUGUCUGUCUGUCUGUCUGUCUGUCUGUCUGUCUGUCUGUCUGUCUGUCUGUCUGUCUGUCUGUCUGUCUGUCUGUCUGUCUGUCUGUCUGUCUGUCUGUCUGUCUGUCUGUCUGUCUGUCUGUCUGUCUGUCUGUCUGUCUGUCUGUCUGUCUGUCUGUCUGUCUGUCUGUCUGUCUGUCUGUCUGUCUGUCUGUCUGUCUGUCUGUCUGUCUGUCUGUCUGUCUGUCUGUCUGUCUGUCUGUCUGUCUGUCUGUCUGUCUGUCUGUCUGUCUGUCUGUCUGUCUGUCUGUCUGUCUGUCUGUCUGUCUGUCUGUCUGUCUGUCUGUCUGUCUGUCCUGUCUAUCUGUCUGUCCUGUCUAUCUGUCUGUCUAUCUGUCUGUCUAUCUGUCUGUCUGUCUGUCUGUCUGUCUGUCUGUCUGUCUGUCUGUCUGUCUGUCUGUCUGUCUGUCUGUCUGUCUGUCUGUCUGUCUGUCUGUCUGUCUGUCUGUCUGUCUGUCUGUCUGUCUGUCUGUCUGUCCUGUCUAUCUGUCUGUCCUGUCUAUCUGUCUGUCUAUCUGUCUGUCUAUCUGUCUGUCUGUCUAUCUGUCUGUCUGUCAGUCUGUCUGGCUGGCUGGCUGUCUAUCUGUCUAUCUGUCUGUCUAUCUGUCUGUCUAUCUGUCUGUCUAUCUGUCUAUCUGUCUAUCUGUCAGUCUAUCUGUCUGUCUAUCUGUCUGUCUGUCGAUCUGUCUGUCUAUCUGGCUGUCUAUCUGGCUGUCUAUCUGGCUGUCUAUCUAUCUGGCUGGCUGGCUGGCUGGCUGGCUGUUACUUUCGGUCGCGGUCAUUGUCACCAAUAUCAUACAUAUCAAACCCUGA